AUGACAGACUUCCACAGCAGCUCGAUGGAUAUGAGCGGCAUGUCAGCCGGCGGAACAAGCUCGGGCACGACAAUGAUGAGCAUGGGUUCUUUUGCAUUCCGGCAAGGCGGUUUGCUCUGGUUCCCGUCGUGGCAGCCCACCAGUAUUGGUGGGACUGUUGGCGCUUGCUUCGGUCUGCUCGCAUUGGCCGUCUUCAGCAGAUUUCUCAGUCUACUGUCGAGCUUGUUACACGACGCCUGGAGUGAGGCAAAAGGAAGGAUCAUGCUCGAUGCUUCUCUGGAGAGACAUUACGAUGCUUGGACUCGAUCGGUCCCUUCAGAACCUGCUGCUCUCGGCCAAGACGAUGCCUAUGUCAAAGAAUAUCCGAAUUCGACUGAUGUACCUGUACUCGCCGAUGGCCGUACGGAGUCGCUAGGUUCUUUGCCACAACACGACCGUACAGCCUACAGCACUCCGUCCAAGCAUCGCUUGCUCAUGAGCGUCAAAGCACGCCUGGCUGCAAGUCCGCCCUUCGUUAUUUCCCAUGAGAUGCCACGCGCCGUUCUGUUCGCGUUUCAUGCAGGCAUCAUGUAUCUGCUCAUGAUCGCAGUAAUGACAAUGAAUGCUGGCUAUUUCCUUUCCGUACUCGCCGGUCUCGGUCUCGGCGAGAUGCUCUUUGGCAGAUACGUCCCCCAUCACUUACUGUAA